AUGAACAAUAAUUCAACCAAGCCAAAUUGCUUAGAAAACAAUAACGAUAUUGACUUAAAACCAAUAUUUCUCAGUAAUUCUGUUUAUGAAUUUUGUGACGAUAAAAAGAAUGUUGGUGACGAUUUAACAAUAUGGGGUUUGGACAAUAUGAACACUAAUGAUACAAGUAAAGUUAUGGUUGAUAUGCAUUUCAAUGAUUACUCUAAAAAUUUAAAUUUUGAAGAACCAAUAUUUAAUAAUAAACAAUGCAAUUGCGAUUGUACUACUACAUGGCAGCAACUUAAAAAAACUUUUGAACUAACUGAUGAAGAAAUACUCAAGGGAUCUGAUACAUUAAAUUUUAUGUUUCCUGAAGAUAUUUUUCAUAGUUUACCCAUUGACCUCAAUGACUACCAAGUUGAUAAUUUAGAUGAUUUUCAAUUGGACGAAGAAUACAUGUAUACACAAUUAGUAGAUUUUAAUGACAUUAGCCCAUAUAAAGAAGAAAAAACGGCCGAAAAAGAUAAAGAAUUAAUAAUAGUCAAUGAGCCUCAAGGAAAAUCGACUAACAAAAAACCAACUAAGCCUGAAAGUAAACAAAAUAACGUAAUACAAAAAAAUAUCACAGAAUCAAAUGACACAAAAGUCGCUAAUACAACUAUUGGAUCUAACAAACCUGACCAAGAAAAUAUUCAAAAUGAAAAUCAAAAACAAAAUAUUAAAAAUAAAUCAAAAUCACCUAAGAAAAAAACUAGAAGUUGCGCUGAAAACCAAUUAUCAGCAGGCUUAAGUAAUAAAAAAGAAGAAAAUAGGAUAAUGAACAUGAAGUAUGUAUACACGUUUGGUGAGAAUUAUCGAGGUGGUAUAAAAUACGGUCAUAAAAAUUGCGUCAAUUUUUGGAUGCCAAUUCCACAUAAUAAAGGUUGGGUGGAUGAUAAAUUUCUGGAAGCCGAAAGGAAAAAAACAAUUGACAUAAAAACAUUACGAAUCGAGCAGGAAGAACUGAGUCGGAUGAAAGAAAUGGAGAAUGAAAAAGCGACAAUAAAAAAAGCCAGACAGGAAAGAGCAGCGUUGCGUUUUCCCAGUUACAACACGAACACUAAACCUAAAUCUAAAAAAGUAGCAAAAAUCCCGAAAAUUAAGAAAGUUGAGGCAGUUCCUGCAUUCAAAUUGAAUAAAAACCGAGGCAUAUACACAAUCACUAUGAAUUAUUAUACGAAAGAAGGACGAUUGGACAAGACAGAAGAACCGGUUGUGUUCAAGUUAGCUGAUCAUACGAAAGAAAUGGAUGGCGUGAGCUCAACUUCAAGUUUCAACGUAGAAUUCGUCACACCAGGGGCAAUCAAUUCAUUACGCCCGAAAAAACCUGUUAAAGCAAAAGUCGUUCCAACUCCUAUUCCGAUUGUUGAAGUCUUACCACCAGUUAAGUUGCCACACAAAAAGAAAGUAUAA